AUGUCCAAGAAGAAGUUUGAACUUCCGCCCCCACGCAAAGAACCAUUCCCGCCAACGAUUGGGUCGAACCCCACGCCAACGUCCAAGCUGGGUGACGACCCGAUACUUGAACCUCCACUUCCAAAGGUCAAAGAUUCUUAUGGACGGAUGGUUUCGACGAAAAAGGCGAAUAUGCCUUUUCUUUCGUACGGCAAAUGGAAGGCCGCUGAAGCUGCCAAGGAGGCGCGACGAGCCAAACGCGCAGAAAAGUGGGCCAAAGGCGAGGAGCUUUCCGACUGGGAAGACGACCCGGACGCACCAGGUUCGGUCAGUGAAGAAGAUUCUGUAGGAAUGGUGCUAGCCAAGACGCUCCUCAUCCUCGUUCUCGUCUUCAUGCUCUCUGGCAAGUUUGUGACAGACAGCUUGGUAUGGGGUUAUGAUGGCAAAUGGGUCCACUGGAGGACGUACUGGCCUUUUGAGGGAUCGGGAUCGCUCUUCACAGAAGAGAUGUUGGCGAAAUACGACGGUUCCAAUCCGAACCUGCCCAUCUAUCUUGCCAUUGAUGGUGACGUAUACGACGUCUCCGCCAAUCGACAUACAUAUGGGCCUGGCGGGAGUUAUCACCUCAUGGCGGGCAUCGAUGCCGCGCGUUCGUUUGGAACGGGUUGCUUCAAAGAUCAUCGAACUCAUGACCUCCGUGGUCUGGACGAGGGUGAGAUGAAAGGCGUCGAACAUUGGAAGGCUUUUUUCAAACGAAGCGACAAGUAUCCGUUUGUGGGAAAAGUCAUUCAUCCUCCCAUCGACCCAAUGAGUCCCACUCCUAUUCAUUGCGACGAAAACAAGCGGAAUCCGCCAAAGCAGACGCAAGGGCCAGCCAAACGACCGGAACUAUAA